GGGCGUGGCUUGCUUGAGGACUUUCUUUUUCGGAGCGGGGCGGCGGGGCCCACAUCCUAAGGCUCCCCUGCGCCCGCUCGGUCCUGCGCUGAACGCUCUGCCCCCUGCGCUCCGCCGCGGCCAUGGUCAUCCGACUCUUCGUCGCCUCCUCCUCCGGCUUCGUGGCGAUAAAGAAGAAGCAGCAGGAUGUGGUCCGGUUCCUGGAAGCCAACAAGAUUGAGUUCGAGGAGGUGGACAUCACCAUGUCAGAGGCCCAGAGACAGUGGAUGUACCAUAAUAUUCCGGUGGAGAAGCAGCCAGCUCAAGGAAACCCACUUCCGCCCCAGAUCUUCAACGGGGACCAGUACUGUGGGGAUUAUGACAGCUUUUUUGACGCUAAGGAAAGCAACACGGUCUUUUCAUUCCUGCGCCUGAAACCCAGAUUGGCGUCCAAGGCAGAGCCCUAGGAGGGAUGUCAGACGGAGGACAGACGCCCGCUUCGAAGAACCAGACGGUCCCCGGACACCGACCCUCCGCUUCCCGAGUCCCUGCGCUAAGCCAGUCUGCGGCGCCGAAAUUCAGCUGGGCCUCGCCGGCCGCUCCCCGAAGACGCAGGACAGAGGGGGCUGUAAAAAAAAAAAAAAAAACGGGUGACGCAGGGGGGCUCGUUUCUUCUUUCCCAUCUUCUCCCCGGGCGACGGGAUUGAGGGAUUAGCACGCGCCCGGCACCGCCGCCCUUUCUCCGCACCCCAGGACCCGCAGAGACGCGGCCGGUCGGUCAAACCGGCCGUCGCCCGGUGAUGUUUAUCGCGCGCCUGCUACGCGGGCGGCCCUGUACGAAGCACUCGAGAGAGAGUCCGUUCCCACGGAAUCGGCGGACGCGGUCCCCGCCCGUUACGAGCCGGGGGCUACGGCCUAGCGGGUAGAACCCGGGCCCGGGAGUCAGAAGGACCUGGGUUCUAAUUCCGCUCGUCCGCUGCGUGACCCUGGGCAAGGCCCUUCGCUCCCUCGGGGCCCUCGUCCGGAAAGCGGGGAUCGAGGCCGCGAGCCCCAGGCGGGACGGGGGGCCGCGUCCGACCCGAUCCGCUUCGCAUCCGCCCCGGCGCUCAGAGCGGUGCUUGGCACGUAGUAAGCGCCUAACCGGUGCCAUUAUUAAGUGUGGUGUCUGCCCUCUCCGGGGGGAGCGUAGCCCAUCCUCCGUCAGCAGGGCCGCCCGCGUCCGGUUUCGCGACGUCGGGUCGGCGGCGGGCGUGGGAUUUUUCCCGACGGCCGAAGGGGAGGACGCUCUGGUUCGGGAGGGCCGACCUCCCCCCGGGCCCGGUCGGGAACGACUUCGCCCCGGCUGGUUCCCGGUCCCCCGCCUCACGAGCCGGCCGCGUCGAUCCCACGGGACCGGAGGGAUCUGGGAGAAGAGUCGAGGAUUCUUCCCCGCCCGGCUUUUUCGGCGGAUCGACUCUCGGAAGGAAGAGCCGCUUGAAUGGGAGAGAGCCGACGGAUUGCCGCCCGCGGUUUGUUUUCGGUGGAGCCCCGCGCGAUCUGCUGCUUUGGCCCCUCGGGAGAGGAACCCGUUUUUGAGAGGAAGGGUGUUGGUGGGGGAAUGUUUCGUGUAGCUACCGACGAGACGUGUUCAAUAUUUAUCAUGAACCCGACGCAGCUGGGUGUCUUCCUUGUCCUUGCGUAACUGUCCUUCGUUCCCGUUCGUGUUUUUAAAAACACCGAGGGUUUCCUGGGCAAGA